AUGAGGCCAUCAUCCAUCAGAGGUGCACGGGUGCACUGCUGCCUGCGAGACUUCCCGCGGCAGCUUCUUCUCGUUGCUGUGUUUCUUCUUGUCCUCCAGGCAGCCAAGUCGGCACACGCGCUCACCUUUCACUUUGUCGACAGCAAGCCGUUGUGCUUCUCCGAGACGAUUGAGAACGUGAAGGAGAGUCAGAUUACUGGCGUGUACGACUGGAAGGCCAGUGCCACCUCGCCAGCCUCACAGGUGCAGCUCCGACUUUCCGUGAAGGACAGCACUGGAAAUGUGUACUACGAUAAGGCGAUGAUGGAGGGCGAGCACUCCUUCGCGGUGCAGCUGAACCCAAAUGUGCUGAAUGGGGAGCAGCUCAUCUGUUUCACCGCCUCCUCAAACUUCGUCGCCUCCGAGAAGGACCCGGUGAAGGUGCGUAUUGAGUUGGAUCAGGCGCUUAAGAAUGAAUUCAAGGCCCGCAAGGAGCUCAUCAAGACCAUUCAGAAGCGACGUCAGGUUGACGGCCUCGACGUUUACACGUACCAGGAGGUAGGGGGAGAGUUGAAGGACAUCCUGCAGCCGCGCGCCUACCUGGAAACCAUCGAACGAGAGCUGAAUGCGAUGGAGGAGCUGUUAGAUCAGCUGGUGAUGGGCUUGACCACCAGUGUAACAAGGGAGUUCCGCAUGCGUGAGACUUCGGAGAGCACCUUUACCCGUGUGUGGGUGUGUGCACUGCUGCUUAUCGGCAUCAUUUCCGGCGUCCUCUGGAUGCAGUUUCGCUUCCUCAAGUCGACCCUUCGCAAGAAGAAGCUCCUGUGA